AUGAACAUCCAAGUCGAUCGUUUCGAAGCCGUCCAUGUCAAAGGCAAAAAGUUUGUGGGCUACAUCACAAGUGUAGAGCACUUGGCCAGUGGUUCCAAGUGGGAAAUCCCCAUCCGGUAUUCCGUGUACAAUGCAUUCCAUGCCAAGCUUGUCAAGACCGAUCCGAAGGCAGCGAAACUGCCCUUCCCCAAAAAGUCGUUAUUUGCGCCCCCCAAUGCUACUCGCCGGGACCUUCUCAACAAAUUCGUGACACAGUUGACCACAAUCACGCUUUCCCCCGAAGGCAGUAAACUGCUGGACGCCCUUCUCGACCUCCCGUUCAAGUGGAAGCUCCAGUGGCAGCAGCAUUGCCAGUUGAACCAAGCGAGGCCUCAUCGGUGCUUGUGGCCGAAUCCCUCGUAG